GUCCCGAUCUGACGCUGAAGAAAACUCGACCCCCGAAUGUAAACAUGAACAGAUAGAUGAGAAGUCGAGAUGGUUUUCGAGAGCGUGGUAGUCGACGUCCUCAACAGGUUUUUGGGGGACUACGUCGUCAACCUUGACAGCUCCCAGCUGAAGCUCGGCAUAUGGGGAGGCGACGCUGUUCUUAAAAACCUUGAAAUAAAGGAGAAUGCUUUGAGUCAGCUUGACAUCCCUUUCAAAGUCAGAGCUGGACAUAUAGGUCGACUGGAGUUAAAGAUUCCAUGGAAAAAUCUUUACACACAAUCAGUGGAGGCAACACUGGAUGGUGUCUAUUUGCUUAUCGUCCCAACAGCUAGUAUCAAAUAUGAUGCGGUAAAGGAAGAGAGGCAGCUUCAGGAGGCUCGACAAAGAGAACUGCAGCGUAUAGAGGACACGAAGCUAAAGGCAUAUGAGCAAGAAAAUCCAAAGCUUGAAAAACAGGACACCUUUGUGGAAAAGCUUGUCACUCAGGUCAUCAAAAAUCUGCAGGUCAAGAUUUCCAACAUUCAUGUCCGCUAUGAAGAUGAUAUCACAAACCCAAACUGCCCUUUGUCAUUUGGGGCCUCACUUAAAAACCUCAGCCUUCAGACGUCUGACAAGAACUGGAAUCCCAGUCUCUUGGAUGAGAAUGCAAAGUUGUUUUUCAAGUUGGUUCAAUUAGACAACUUGUUUGCCUACUGGAAUGUCAACUCGGUCCUCUUCUCCAAUCACAGCUCAGAUGAGGCCUUGCAAUUACUCAAAAGCAGCAUGGAGACUCACAGCUAUGGUCCCAUCAGCCACGAUUUCAUCCUGCGACCCAUCUCAGCAGAUGCUAAACUGCGCAUGAACCCGAGGUCGGAUGUGGACUUCUCGUCUCCUAAAGUUGAUCUCAUGGUCAAUCUGAGUGAGGUGGCCAUAGAGCUUAAUAGACCUCAGUACAUCAGCGUCCUGGAGCUGCUUGGUUCAGUGGAUAUGAUGUCACGUAACCUGCCAUACAGGAAGUACAGACCAAUGGUUCAAGUUCACAGAAAUGCUUACAUAUGGUGGAAGUAUGUAAUCACAGGUAUAUUGGAGGUAGAUGUAAAGCCUCGACUCCACAUGUGGUCCUGGCAUCACAUACGUCGCCACAGGCAAAUGGUGAAACAGUACAGGGAGCUCUACAAGGCCAAAAUCACCUCAAAAAAACCCAGCGAGCAGCUUCUGAAGGACCUUCAGGAGCCUGAGAGGACCUUAGACAUUUUUAACAUCACUUUGGCCAGACAGCAAGCUGAGGUUGAGGCGAGCAAGGCAGGUCUACGUAUCUACCGUCCUGGACUCAAGAUGGAAGAAGAGGAGUCUCAAGGAUGGCUGAGCUGGAUGUGGAACUGGGGAGGAGAGGCUGAACCACAAGCAACUGAAGUGAAGUCUGGAGGAUUUGAUGAUUUUUUAACUCCUGCUGAGAAAGCCAAACUCUACACUGCCAUCGGAUACAGUGAGACUGCUGCCAAUCCCAACCUGCCUAAAGAUUUUGAAGACAUGAAGGUGAACUUCCACAUGGAGAAGCUAUCUGUGUCGAUUAAGGACAGCAAGGACAUAAAUGAGAUCAUAAAGUUGACUGUGGGAGAACUAACAUCCACCCUGACGCAGAGACCAGGAGCCCAAGCUGUCAGAAUUACAGCCGAGCUCACUUUGUUUGAGGUCACUGGAAAGGCCAACAGGCAUCCUGCUCCUACACUCCUGUCAUCUCGAAAAGCUGCAACAGGAACUGGAACUCCUCUAUUAAGUAUUCUAUUUGAGACCAAUCCUUUGGACGAAAGUGCUAACCAGCGCCUCCAUGUGGAAUCACAGCCCCUGGAAAUAAUCUAUGAUGCUGUUACUGUCAACAGCCUGUCUGCAUUCUUCAUGCCUCCUGAUGAUCUGCAGCUGGAUGAGCUCACCAACGCCACUCUGAUGAAACUGGAGCAGUUUCGAGAUCGCACUGCCACUGGACUGAUGUAUGUGAUCGAGACUCAGAAAACUCUGGACCUGAAUGUGAACUUGAUGGCCUCGUACGUCAUCAUUCCACAGACCGGCUUCUAUGAUUGCUCUCAAAAUAUUCUGUUGCUGGAUCUGGGACACUUUCAGAUGUCCAGUCAAAGCAGGAAGCAUCUGCCGCAGCUGUCAGCUGGCUCCAGCAAUAUUGAAGACAUCAUGUCCAGAGCAUAUGACAGCUUUGACAUUCAGCUGAGCUGCCUACAGUUCCUCUACAGCAAACCAGAUGGCAAUUGGAAAAUGGCUCGAAAACAGAAGCAGUCUCCUCUUCAUAUCUUGGAGCCUGUGGAUUUAAAAGUUGUGUUCAGCAGGGCUAUGGUCGUCAAAGAUUCUCGUAUGGCAAAGUACAAGAUUUCUGGAGAGCUACCUCUCCUUUCCCUUCGUAUAUCUGAUGUUAAACUUCGAAGUGUUCUUGAGCUGGUCGACAGCAUUCCCCUCCCAGAGAGCAAAGCUGCAGCUCGCCCCUCUGGUCCGUCAAAGCAUAGGCAGUCAUUCACCCCACAACUCACCCCCAGAAGACCAGCAAACAUUGACCAGCGCUCCUCUAUGAUUUUUGAGUCUUGUGAGACACUCAGCAUCACAUCUCUGGGCUCUGAGGAGGACCUUUUCUUUGAUGCACCCAGUUCUCCUAUUGGUGAUCGGCCAUUUUUCCCAGACAAUCCCAUGCCACUUCGAUAUGCUGACUUGCAUAAAACCAAAAAUUUGCUCAAAGAAGAUACCCAAAAGAACAUGACGGACCUCAUCCUGACGUUUGAAAUCAGUGAGUUUUCCAUCCAACUGUGUCGCCUGUCUGACGGUCACGAAAUCACGGUGCUGCACUUGGACAUUGAAGGUUUGGGCACCCAACUGAAAUUGCACACAUUUGACAUGACAUCAUCCACCUACCUGAAAGAGAUCUGCCUCAAGUGUCCUGAGUACAUGGAUUCUGAAGAGAAGCAGGUUCAGCUGAUUACCACUUUAGACAACACUGAGGUUGAUCUUCUCACUCUGGAGUACAUAAAAGCUGACAAAAGCGGUCCUGAGUUCAAGUCUCUGCACAAUAAUACAGAGCAGCUGAUCAAGGUGACCUUCUCUUCUCUGGAUGUGCAUUUACACACCGAGGCUCUUCUGAACACCAUGAACUUCCUGAACAACCUUCUACCACCGUCAGAGAAGAAAGAAACCGCACAAGAUGAGCUCCCCACUAUUCAAGAGGAAGAUGAAUCUGAGGGGGACAAGGGAGGAAAGAAAGAGGAAACAGCAGUUACAAAGAAAAAAUCAUCCAAGAGUUCCAAGACAACGGAUGUGGUUAACAUGCACAUCCGAGCUGAUCUCCGUUGUCUGAAGAUUUUUAUCCGUGGAGAAAAGGCAAGGAUUUCUGAAACUAGAAUUGAAGGUCUCGUGUCUGAAGUUUUGUUCAGGAAGAAAGACAUGAAGGUUCUGGCGAACUUGAAGAACAUUGUUAUCUUUGACUGUGAUAAAGACGCCUUGUACAAGAAGGCUGUGUCUAUCGAUGACAAAGAAGUGUUUGCCUUCCAAAUGGUGAACUACACAGAUGCUACAGAGGGAGAUGCAUAUAUGGACAUGUCCAACGUUGACACCUUCAUUAAACUAAAUGUUGGCUGUAUUCAGGUCAUCUUUUUAAACAAGUUUCUAUCAUCCAUUCUGGCGUUUGUGAAUAACUUCCAGGAGGCUAAAGAAGCUCUUGCUGAAGUUACAGUUCAGGCUGCAGAGAAGGCAGCAUCAGGAGUGAAGGAGCUGGCGGAGAGGAGCACACGUAUCGCUCUGAACGUCCACUUCAAUGCCCCCGUCAUCUUCCUUCCCCAGUCGUCCUCCUCAAACAACGUCAUUGUUGCCGAUCUUGGGUUGCUGUCUGUAAAAAAUCAUUUUGCCAAGCAGCCUUGUAAGAGCGAUGUAACAAUUCCACCUGUUGUUGACAUCAUGAUUGUGCGUCUGACAGACCUAAAGAUGUACAGAACAACGUUCAUUAAUGAGAGGUUUGUUGGAGAAACACAGCUUUUAAAACCUGUCAGUCUAGACUUGGAAGUUCAGAGAAACCUCUCAGCCAACUGGUACCACAGUAUACCUGAUAUAGAGAUCACUGCUCAUCUGAAGCCCAUGACUUUGAUUCUCAGCCAGGAUGACCUGACAGUGGUGCUGAGGACUCUCAGUGAAAACUUGUCUGAGAAGUCUGAUGACCUUGUACCUGUGUCGCCUCAACCUGUUGUAGACCCAUCAGAUACAGUGUCCAACAAAGAGUCCCAGGGUUCUGGAACAACUGGACCUGCGAGUAGUAACACUGUGGUGACAGCGGCUGUUGUGGAGAACCAGAAAAACAGCAAGUUAAAGAGCACACUCAAAUUGGACUUCAAGUUUGACUCGAUGAGUCUGGUCCUGUUUAUACCUGGGAAUGAGUUACAGCAACUGGACUCGCGCGAUGAGCAACUGAAGCUGGCCGAGUUUACCCUCGGUACCAUCUCCACCUCCGUCCACAUGUAUUCCGACAGCUCCAUGAAGGCCUCCGUCCGGCUGGCAGAAUGCCUACUCGACGACAAGCGAACCAAAAUAAAGAUGGUCACCCCAAGGAUGAUAGCAAUGCGACCUGGUGCUGAACAGAACAUGAUGGUGGAGGUGAACUACCGUCAGGGAUUCGAUGGCACAACUCUGGACACACUGGUGCAGGAUGUGUAUCUGUGUGCCAGCAUGGAGUUCCUGCUGACUGUGGCAGACAUCUUCUUGAAGGCCACGCAACAGGGUUUCUCACAGGGUCCUCAGCCAAAGAGCAGCAGUGGAACAGGAGAGAAGAAGAACAUCAACUCCUCCACCACAUCUAAAGAAACGACAGCUACCCCUGUUUCAAAGACCGAAAUGAAUGUGUUGGUUCGGAAUCCAGAGAUCGUGUUUGUGGCUGACUUAACACGUGCCGACGCCCCGGCCCUGGUGAUGACCACUCAGUGUGAGCUUGUUAUAAAAACCGGUCCAGAGGGGUCUCAAAUGACAGCUGCCAUCAAAGACCUUAAGGUUGCUGCUUGUCCAUUUUUGAGAGAGAAGAGAGCCAACAAUGUGACCACCGUUCUUCAGCCGUGCCAGGUUUUUUUCCAGAGCACUCAGCCCCCUGGCUCCCCCCAGAGUAUGGAGGUCUCCAUCAAUGCCUUAACACUGAAGGUGUCGCCAAUCAUCAUUAAUACUGUGAUCACAAUCCAGUCAGCACUGACUCCCACAGCAGAAACUCCGGAAGAGCAUGACAGCCCUGUUCCAGUCGAUUUGUGGGAGAAACGAAGCUGGAAGGAGCUCAAACUCUGGUUCUUGGAAGAGGAAGGGGAUGAAGACACAAAGUCGUUGACCCCUUUGAGCCCACAAGGAGAGUCAUUACUGCUCAGUAUCAAGUCGAUCUGUGUGACUCUGGAGGCUGGAGUGGGACACCGCACCGUUCCAAUGCUCCUGGCAAAGUCCUCCUUCCAUGGAGAUGUCAAAAACUGGUCCACUCUUAUUCGCUUGCACAGUGAACUUAACUUGGAGGUUCACUAUUUCAAUGAGGUGAUGGGAGUUUGGGAACCGCUACUAGAGCCCCUAGAAGAUGAGACAAGAGAUGGUUUUAGACCCUGGACAUUGGAAUUCAAUAUGAAGAAGAAACCAGUGACGUACACAGGCUACUCAGAUGAAGUAGACUGUCACGUCCCAGACUACAAGACUGUCAUUGUCAUCAGCAGUAAAGACCAGUUGAAUGUCACUCUCUCCAAAUGUGGCCUAGCCAUGCUGAGUAAUUUGGGAACGGCUUUUGCUGAAGCUGCCAAACAAACAUCAGAUGCUUUUCAGAAGGAUGAAGCUCCUUUUGUGGUUAAAAACCGCCUUGGCCUGCCAGUGUUCGUCCGCUACAGUGAGAUGUUUCGACCCAUGGGCCAGCAAAGUCAUGACCACACAGUGGAAUUACAGGACGGGCAAACCCUUGGGAUGGAUUAUUUCACCGCAACAGAGGCUGAUCAGUUCUCUGCCAUGAUCUCCUUGAGUGGAAAAGACUACUACAUCCAACCUGCUCCAGCUGGCCACACCUCAACUAGCAUCAUUCCGUUGAUCAAAGUGGGUCGUGGCAUGUACAGUGUCGCACACAAAGACUCUGGUGUCACCCGCUUCCUCGUUUGUCAGAUUUACUCUGUUGAGGGGAGCAAGUACGUCAAGAUUCGCUCUCCAUUCCAGAUCAUCAAUCAUUUCACAAUCCCAUUCAAAGUUUUUGAAGAGUCAACAUGUUUGGGGACAGCUCUUCCCACUGAGGAGUUCUGUGUGCCACUCGACUCCUACAGAUCUGACCUGCGCCUUCAGCCAGUAUUUGAGGAUAGUGCCAAUGAUCAGCAGUAUGAGUGUUCAGAGGGCUUCAGUUAUGAAGAUAUCGACAGCUUGCCACCUGAGGCUCGUCUCCAACAGACGUGUCGCUAUAGCGGGGAAGAAGGAGGUGUGCUGACAAUCAACAUAGUGCCAGCGAGGGAUACUGUGACAUUCAAAGACACUGGAGGUGUUGGCGAUAACUUCGAUGUUCCAUUUGUGCUGCACUUGUGGCCUUCUGUCCUGCUGCGCAAUUUGCUGCCUUACCCUAUUGCCUACGAAUUAAAGGACAGUGGGGUGACUGCUCCUGAGGCCACGUUGGAUCCAGGCCACUCAGCUCAGUUCCACACUGCAGUCAUCAACCAGUCAAGUCUCUGCCUGCGUCUACUCAACUACCUUGCCCAGGAUUGGUCAGCAAACUACAGUCUCCACAGUGAUCAGGAGGAGAUAACGUUCAUCGUCUUCCAGUCGCUUCGGGAGGCGGAGGAGGAGGAUGUUGAAGGCACAGAGAAGAAAAGGGCAGAGUUGGACAUCGCAGUGCACGUUAAAUAUGACCAGGGCCAAACUGUUGUUGCGAUUCACUCUCCGUACUGGAUGGUGAACAAGACAAACCGCUUGCUCCAGUACAAAGCUGACGAUAUUCAUCGCAAGCACCCUCCAGACUAUGACAUGCCUCUGCUCUUUUCUUUCAAACCUCGCUACUUUUUCAAGAACAAUAAGGUCCGUCUUAUGAUUUCAGAUAGUGAACUUUCAGAUGACUUCUCUCUGGACACAGUUGGUAGUCAUGGCGAUGUGAAAUGUAAAGGCAGAUACAAAGACUACUUGGUCGGCGUGAAGAUCGAUGCAAGCAGUUUCAGUUUGACACGCAUUGUCACAUUUGUGCCAUUUUACAUGCUGGUCAACAGUACCAAGCAUACGAUCUUCGUUUGUGAGGCAGGACAGGAGAAUUGGACCGAGGCUCAACCAGAACAGUCGGCCAUUCCUUUCUGGCCUGAAAAUGACACCAAGCGUCUGAAAAUCAAAGUGGAAGGUUGUUUAUCACCUCCCCGAACUAUCGACUUCACACGUCCUGAAAACUGCUUGUUGUUGCACUUGGACAACUCGCUCGGUGGAAUUAUUGUCGAUGUGAAUUUAUCGGAUCACUCAGCCACCAUCCGGUUCACUGAUUACAUUGAUGGUGCAGCUCCCUUCCUCCUCAUCAACCACACUGAAAAUCUGACCGUGCAGUUUCAUCAAAGCGCACGGACAGACUCCAAUUGGGUGGCUGACGAGCUGCUCGACCUCUCCUUCUCAACGGAGGAGGACAGCUCUCAGAAGGAGGCUGAGCAGGAAGAGCUGGAGGCUGGAAAAGCUGUUUACUACACCUGGACUGAGCCAACUGGGUCACGUGAGCUCUGCUGGAAGUGUGGAAGUUACAGUGGGAAAUUAAGAUGUGAAGAGGACCUACGAGAAGACAUGAACAACGAGGGGAAAUUGUUUGUUGUCUCCUUUUUUGAAGGUCUGCAGCGUGUCGUGCUGUUUACAGAGGAGCAACAAAUGUAUAAGGUGUUGUGCGAGAGUGAAAAGGCCCAGCUGGCAGAGCAGGAAACCAUCCUGUCGCUACAGAAUGUCGGCGUGUCUCUGGUUAAUAACACGAGUGGUCAGGAGGUCUCGUUCAUUGGCAUCACAAGCUCUGAUGUGGUGUGGGAGUACAAGCCCAAGAAGAAGACUCGUUGGAAAGCUGUCACCCUGGAAGAGGCAGAGAUGCUGGAAACCAGCUACCAAGAAUACAUUAUCACUGAGCCCGUUGAUAAUGCCAUUCUGGAUCUGGAAAACCAUUUCCGGGUGUGCUUCACUCCAAGUGGCAGUGAGAUGCGAAUGUAUCAGCCAGUGGAUGCUCCCCUCAGAAGGCAUUUCAUACCUGGUGUGAAAGUGGAGUACAGUGUGUCUCAACGGCAGCGUGCCUACCGAGUCCAGAUACAUCACAUACAGAUUCAGAACCAGCUGCCCGGUGCCAUCUUUCCCUAUGUUUUUUACCCUGUGAAACCGCCAAAAUCUGUUGCCAUGGAUUCAGAGCCAAAGCCUCUAACCGACAUCAGCAUUGUAACCCGGACAGCAGGACACUCGGACAUCUGCCGCAUCAAGUACUUUAAAGUGUUGAUUCAAGAAAUGGACCUAAAACUUGACCUGGGAUUUCUCUAUGCCAUCUUGGACCUCGUCUCCCAAGAGAACGGCAGCAUCGUGACCUCAGAGCAAGAGGUGGAACUUUUUGAAAAAGACAUUGAGCAUUUAAAAAAGGACAUGGAUUACGUUUCAGCUGCUGACACGUCUCCAAUAAGCCUCUAUGAGUACUUCCACAUUUCUCCCAUCAAGCUACACCUGAGUUUCUCUCUGAGUUCUGGAGGAGAAGAUGGUCAGAAGAAGAAAAGGGAUGCAGAGCUCAUUCCGGUCCAGUCCCUCAAUCUGUUGCUGAAGAGCAUCGGAGCCACGCUCACCGACGUGCAGGAUGUGGUCUUCAAGUUGGCAUUUUUUGAGAUGACCUUCCAGUUUUGUACCACACAGCAGCUGCAGUGGGAAGUCAUCGGACAUUAUUCCAAACAGGCUAUUAAACAAAUGUACGUGCUGGUGUUGGGCCUCGACGUACUCGGAAACCCCUUUGGACUCAUCCGAGGACUUUCUGAGGGAGUGGAGGCUUUUUUCUAUGAACCCUACCAGGGCGCAAUACAGGGGCCAGAGGAGUUUGUGGAGGGAAUGGCUCUUGGUGUGAAAGCCUUGGUCGGUGGAGCUGUAGGUGGCAUUGCUGGUGCCGCCUCCAGGAUCACCGGUGCCAUGGCCAAGGGUGUUGCUGCCAUCACGAUGGACGAGGAGUACCAGAUGAGGAGGCAGGAAACCAUGAACAAACAGCCAAGCGGCCUGAAAGAAGGGCUGGCGAGAGGCGGCAAGGGGCUUGUGUCUGGAUUUCUUAGUGGGAUCACAGGGAUCGUCACAAAACCCAUAAAAGGAGCACAAAAGGAGGGAGCAGCAGGAUUUUUCAAAGGGGUUGGUCAAGGCCUGGUUGGUGCUGUCGCCAGACCCACCGGAGGAAUCAUAGACAUGGCCAGCAGCACCUUCCUAGGGAUCAAAAGGGCAGCGGAAACUUCGCAGGAUAUUAGAUCUCUGCGCCCGCCUCGCUUCAUCCAUGAGGACGGCGUCAUACGCCCAUAUAAGGAGAGGGAGGGCGUCGGCAGUCAGAUGCUUCAGAAAAUUGAGAACGGACGUUUUGCUAAGUACCGCUAUUUCGCUCAUGCUAAAGUCAACGAGUCGGACUUCCUCAUGAUCACCAAGAGAGGAAUAUUCUUUGUAACAAAAGGGACAUUUGGUCAGCUGACCUGCGAGUGGCAGUAUCUGUUUGAAGAGUUCACCAAGGAUCCGACCAUCGUGGAGGACCGCCGACUGCGCAUUGAAGCAAAGGAAAGAGUCAAAUCUGUCUUCCAUGCCAAAGAGUUUGGCAAGAUCAUCAACUUUAAAACUCCGGAGAUCGCCAAGUGGGUUCUUUCCAAACUGGAGGAUGCCAGAGACAGUCUUCCGAAAUACUGAGCCACGAGGAGGAGGAGGAGCGACGCGCCACAAAAGUAACAAAAACAACACAAGACGAUUGUGUGCAUCAGUGCCUUUGUUUGAGCACCUGUAUGUGUGUGUUUGUGUGUGUGUAUGCAAGGUCUUUGUGUCUUCACGCCUGAGCUCUGUACGUCUGCAUGCUAACAAGUUUACAAGAGGAACUUGACUCUCUUCAGUUGCACUCACAAACCCGCUCGCUUGAUUUUAAUGGGUUUUUUUAAGUCACAGACACUGAUGCCAAACAGAAAGAGCUAACAGUCACGUGUUUCGUCCGUCAUUUCACUUUGGUUGCAGAAUAAUACAGAGACGUUUAAUCAAUAAUAGCGGGAAACUGAAAUAUCAUCUGACUGUUGUUACUGUGCCACGACACUUUUUUUACUCUGUUGCUUCUCACUGUACCUUUUUAAAUGUUUGUGCCAGAAGACUGUUCAGUUCGUCACCUAGAGACGCAUGCUAUUUUUAUACUGUGGCCAAUUAAUCGACUGUAAAUUAAUCUUCCCUGUGUAUAUCACUAUCCACAUACACCCUGAGAGGUUCUCUGUUAAUGUUCGGCAAUGCAGAUGUAAUUUUUAUGUUUUUAUACUACAUAUAUGCAACUAUAUUGAGAAGAAUAUCAUGCAACGCGGAUGAUAAAGAAAGGAAAUGCUGAAUAUUUGCAGUCGCUGUUUACGCUCGUAUAAUAUAUAAGUUCUUAGUUUGAUGGAAAAGCUAACUAAUAAUGUUUGCAAUAUUCUCUUUUGGGGAAGUGAGAUGCUGAGCGCAGUGGCUUAAAAUGUUAUUUUUAAGCUGUCUAGUUUAAAAUAAAAUGUUUCUCAUGUGAAGGUUACUGCCUUCGUGUGUUGUUUCCGCUCUCAAGCGGCAUACCGAUACACCUCGCUUGGUUCCGUAUUAUGAUGUCUUGACGCCAAAUUGUGUCGUUCCGACGUCCCCCAUUUUGUUGCUCCCCUAAUAAAACCUUGGCUUUUAGUUAAUUCUUUAAUAUAUUAGAGGCGCUGACUCUCAUCUUUUCUGCCUUGGCGACAGACACUACUGUCUGAGACAUUGGUGUGUGGUGCUUAAAGUUUGGCUCAGAGAAAAAAAAAAGUGAUUGGGCUUUCAACUU